CGUUGGAUGUAGUGCUUCUUCUUCUUCUUCUUCUUCUUCCUCUUUACCUUUGUCUCCUUACUGCUGACCUGAUUUCUCUUUCCCUCUCUCUCUCCCUCUGGCAGGAGGAGAGUCGAUUUUCCGGUAAUUGUGGGUGUUUUUGUGGAGAGAGAGACGGAGUUGUCAAGGCAAUGGGGGUGGAAUGGAAGAAAUGGGCGCUGUCCCUGUUUUAUCUACUGCUGCUUGUGCAUUUCGUUGCGGCUGUGGCUAGAGUGCAGAAUGAUGGAGCCUUAGGAUCGAGUGAAAUGGAGAAAAAGAAAUUGCAAAGCUCACCAAACUCAACAAUGGCGGAAAAGUUGGAAGGCAUUGAUGAAGAAAGUUUAAAUGAGCAUACUGUGGAUGACCCAGAAGAGGUUGCCAGAAUGGUUGAAAUGGCCACCCGAAACAGCACGGAGAGGCGGCGAAAAUUGGGAUUUUUCUCUUGUGGAACAGGCAACCCGAUUGACGACUGCUGGCGUUGCGAUGCAAACUGGCACAAGAACCGCAAGCGCCUUGCCGACUGUGGAAUUGGUUUCGGGCGCAAUGCAAUUGGUGGUCGUGACGGGCGGUUCUAUGUUGUCACGGAUCCUGGUGACGAUGAUCCUGUGAACCCGAGGCCCGGAACACUGCGCCAUGCAGUUAUCCAGGAGCGGCCUUUAUGGAUCGUGUUCAAGCGCGACAUGGUUAUUCGACUAAAGCAGGAAUUGAUCAUGAAUAGCUUUAAGACCAUAGAUGGCCGCGGCGUGAAUGUCCACAUUGCUAAUGGAGGAUGCAUCACAAUUCAAUACGUGACCAACAUCAUUAUCCAUGGUCUUCACAUCCACGACUGCAAACCAACUGGAAAUGCCAUGGUCCGGAGCUCCCCCACGCACUUUGGCUGGAGGACUAUGGCCGAUGGAGAUGCCAUUUCUAUCUUUGGUUCGAGCCACAUUUGGGUUGAUCACAACUCGCUUUCCAACUGCGCUGAUGGCCUUGUCGAUGCUGUCAUGGGAUCCACAGCCAUAACCAUUUCCAACAAUUAUUUCACCCACCACAACGAGGUUAUGUUGCUAGGGCACAGUGACUCGUAUAUGCGAGACAAGCAGAUGCAGGUGACUAUUGCCUAUAACCAUUUCGGGGAGGGCCUCAUCCAGAGAAUGCCGAGGUGCCGGCACGGAUACUUCCAUGUAGUAAACAACGACUACACGCAUUGGGAAAUGUAUGCUAUAGGCGGAAGCGCAAGCCCUACGAUCAACAGCCAGGGCAAUCGAUAUCUGGCACCGGUGAACCCCUUUGCGAAAGAGGUGACAAAGAGGGUGGACACAGCUGCAGGUGAAUGGAAGGGAUGGAACUGGAGAUCUUCAGGAGACUUGAUGCUUAAUGGUGCGUAUUUCACAGCGUCGGGGGCUGGCGCUUCAGCCAGCUAUGCAAGAGCUUCAAGCUUAGGUGCUAAGUCUUCAUCCAUGGUUGCAUCUAUUACUUCUGGCGCUGGUGUGCUUGGCUGUCGCCGCGGUCACCAGUGCUAGCAACCUAACAUCAUGCAUACAUACAUACAUACUUACAUACACAUACACACAUGAUAACACCUACAUAUAUAUAUAUAUAUAUAUAUCCUCGUCCUCAUCCUCAUCCUCCAAUUCAAUUCGAUUGAUGAUUGAUGAUUGAUUUCCACAAGUAUCCUUUCUUCCUUCCUUAGUAGUUACUAUUACAAUUGAUUAAGUCGAUUCGAUUGUCCGCCCCGCCCUGUUGUUAGUUUGUUUGUUUGUUUGUUUUGUCCCCUGCCCCUCAGUCAGUCAGUAUGUCUCUAUAUUAUUUAUAUAGAUGUAUCUCAAUCAAUCCAAUCAGAUCUCAGUAGUGUGUGUGUGUGUGUGUGUGUGAUUGGAUUGUCAAGUGAAGUCAAGUGUACAUUUUUUACACGGGUGGGAGGAGGAGGAGGAGGAGGAUGAGGUGUUGGCAUUGAUGUAAGCAACCUCGGCCUUGGCCUGAUUUGGGCGCACUCAAAAAACAAGUGUACUUUGGCUCCCGUCUGUCAUUCUAUAUAUUUUUAUUUAGCAAUUUAGUUAAAACAUACUCAUACUGAUA